AUGGCUUCGCUCCGCCAUCGCCGACAUGACGAUGAUGAAAUAACCGAAACAUUCACCCAGGACACUCUUCCACAACACCACCACCAUCUCAAAAACAACGACGAUGGCAAUGAAAAGUCAACCGAUAAAAAACGAGCCAUCCUCGGCCUCAUCCGAGUGCAAUCAACCGGCGAAAGCGGGCGGAAUGGCUUCCAUCCCUUACGAUUCCUCCAGAUCUGUUUCCGGAGCACCUGCACUCUCUCCAUGAUCGUCAACGUGCUCUGGCCCUUUGUGCCCGCCGCUAUCGUGAUGCGCUUUGCUCGUCCGGACUUGCACGUCUGGGUCUUCACGCUCAACUACAUUGCCAUGGUACCCACGGCGAAUCUGCUCGGAUUUGCGGGCGGCGAGCUCGCGCGCAAGCUGCCGCGGGUAUAUGGCGUCCUGUUGGAAACGUCGCUCACCUCUGUAGUCGAGAUCAUCCUAUUUAUGGUUCUGAUCAAGACUGAUAACGGGGAGGAGUUGAUCUCUGUUAUACAAGCGGCCAUUCUGGGCUCGAUACUGGCCAAUCUGCUGCUUUGCCUGGGCAUGUGCUUCUUCUUCGGCGGUAUGCGACGGGACGAGCAGAUCUUGCACGAAGCUGUUAGCGAGGUUGGCUCCGGGUUGCUGCUGGUUGCUGGAUUUGGGCUUUUGAUUCCUAGUGCCUUCCAUGCGACUUUGGAGGGGACGACCACGCCGGAAGGUCCGCUAACGCCUGAUAAAUUGGAGUCGGACACUCGAGUUAUCAGUCGAGCGACUGCCAUCAUUCUGCUCUGCGCUUAUUUUAUGUUCCUAUGGUACAACCUCCGCACGCACAACGGCAUAUUCGACGAGGUGCUUGAAAACGAAGAAAACAAAAAUCUGGACGGUGACAAAGAGCACAACCGACCCAAGCUGACUCUUUUGGAAGGUAUCUUUGCCAUCAGUAUUGCUAUUGCAUGCGUCUCGCUUUCGGCCGUGUUUUUGGUCGAGCAAAUCCCGUCUAUUGUUGCUCGCGGAGUGCCCGAUAAUUUCAUGGGCUUGAUUCUUGUUCCGCUGGUAGAAAAGGCGGCGGAGCAUUUGACGGCCGUUGAUGAAGCCUGGGAUAACCAAAUCAACUUUGCGCUCUUCCACUGCCUCGGCCCUUCGAUCCAGACUGCCCUGCUCAAUGCGCCGCUGGUCGUUCUGGUGGGAUGGGGACUGGGCAAGAACAUGGACCUCAACUUUGAGAUUUUCAUGGUUGUUCUGCUGGUGCUGUCCAUACUGGUGGUGGGCAACUUCCUGCGCGAUGGCAAGUCUAACUACAUGGAAGGGGGGUUAUGUGUGCUUGUGUAUAUGAUCAUUGCCGUGACGACUUGGUUUUAUCCGUGA